GUAGGUACGCGCAAUGUACUUAUUUCAUUAGUAAAAGUUGUUAAUUGUUUUACAUCUUUGAUGUUUUAAUACCACUGCCACUAACAUGCGGAGUAGGCCGCAUCUAACUAAUUAAUCUAAGGUUAAUUAGCCUACAAAGUUUCGACGACAGAUCCAUCUAUCAGAUUAUAACAAGCCGUCAGCUGAGACAAAAUGUGAAAGGUGGCCUUUACCCAUAAAAACCGAAUCCUUGCUGUAAGACACACAGCAAUCUUGUAUAACUAAGACUGAUCUAAACUCUAGAGCAUAAGACUCUUUUUCAUCGGAAGAUUUCUGCCUCUCUUGGUAUGGGAGCUCCUUUCUGCCGGCUUCCGCACCCUUCCCUAGGGUUCGGGAAAACUUCAAGCCGGAAUUCGUACCUCCAAACACACUCAAAAAUGACGAGGAACUAGGCAACGUCAAAUACUAUUUUUUGAGCACCUGAUUGAUUUUAACCUCCGAAAGUAGCGAAGGAGAGCUAACUAGUGUUGGGACAUCGAUAUCGAAAUAUCGAAAACAUCGAUGUUUGCUUUCGAUUAUCGAUGUUUUGUGAAUUCUGUGAGGACAUUCUUUGCCUUCUAGUGGUCUUCGGCGUUUUUGCGUUUUCGGCACUCGAUACAUAUGAACCGUGACUAUUAAAGAUUGGGAUUCUCUUAACUUGAAACUGAUUUGUUGAUCAUGAGUCGUCAGAAAAGCCGCAUUUGGAAGCAUUUCCAAAAAAUCAAUGAUGAAACCGCAAUGUGCAAAUAUUGUGAUAAAAUAAUUAAAACGUCUGGAAAUACCUCAAACAUAAGAGGGCAUAUGACAUAUACACAUUGUUCUGUUCUUUCACCUACAAAUAAAGAAAAAAAUGCUUCGAGGAAACGUGGUAAUACGGAGAGUAGUUCAAAUCCAAGUCCAAGUAAAAAUGUAGGGUAGAACCAGAUUUUGGGGCUUCUACGUCAAAAAGAGCAAAUGCCGAUCAGGGCUCUACUUCCAGUGGAAUUGAAACGGAGAAAGAUCCAGGAUGUUCAACAGGUUCUUCGAGAGCUUCAAAAAUUCAAGACAAUUUUGGAAAAACAGGAGUCUCCACAAUCUUUAGGUUCGCCGACAGUACCUGAAUGCGCAAUAUGUUUGCAACGAAUUUUGGAGAGGCUACAACUGAUGCAAUUCGACGUACAACCAAAAGAAGCCACAGAAACCGGCCAAAUUCCUCUUUUCCCACAACUUAAACCAUCAGUGGUUGAUAGGCUUGCAUUGAUCACGGGGUCCCUGACAGCUAUUCUCAGCAGUGUUUUCAGGAUGUGGUAUCUGCGAAGACUGUGCCUGAGAAGCGGUUUUUGACUUGUCUAAUCCCAUUAGACUCUCAUUUUCUUCGAGCCCUCUUUCCUUUCCUACUUCGGCAGUGUCCAGGAUCCCAUGACCCGCACAAUACUGUCCGACUAUAUCCUCGAAAUUACUUUCCUGUAAUCCCAAAUUCAUACCCUAAUUGUCCUGCAAGGAUGUCAAAAGAAUAAGUUCAGGUACCAGAACAGGUUCAUUCACCAUCACCGCAUUACAUGGAUCAUUACAUGCAUCUUGCGGAUUCCGAGACAAAGCGUCAGCGUUUAAAUUAAUUUUACCUGGUUUCUAGACUAUCGUGUAGUCAUAUUCACUCAAUUUUAUUCGCCAUCGAGCGAGCCUGGAAACAGGAUCCUUUAGUCCAUGACGCCAGACUAGGGGUCGAUGAUCCGUUACCAAUGUGAAUUUUCGCCCGUACAAAUAAGGCCGAAAAUGCUUUACACAAAAAACUAUUGCUGAAAGUUCUUUUUCUAUCGUGGAGUAAUUGAUUUCUGCACUUUGGAGCGUUCUAGAUGCGACAGCAAUAGGCAAAUCUUGACCAAUAAGUCCUUGACUUAAUAUGCCUCCCAAUGCAUAAUUCGAAGCAUCAGUAGCAAGUUAUCUCAGUAAAA